AUGAAUUUUUAUAUUUUGUUUGUUGUUAGUGUCCUAUUUAAAAGUGUUUAUAACAAGGACGGUGAUUGUGGUUGUAAUGUAAACCGUGAGCAUCAAGAACAUAUAGGCAAAGACAGUGUAUUUGGUUCUUUGUUGGACGAAGACCGGUGUCAAUCAAAAUUCAAUUGUUUUGAUAAUAUUGAGGAACACAUAAACAAUCAAAUGAUUUUAAUACCCGGUGGGUAUUACCAAGUCGGUACUGAUGAUAUAGUCAUAGAAGCAGACAAAGAAGGUCCUAAGCAUUUAGUAGAACUUAAGAGUUUUUAUUUAGAUAAAUACGAAGUUUCUAACAAGGAUUUUUAUGCUUUUACUAAAUCUACUGAAUACAAGACUGAAGCUGAAACUUUUGGAGAUAGUUUUGUUUUUACACUAUUUCUCAAUAAUACAUUUAAAGAGAAAUUAAAAGACUUUCGAGUGGCCCAAGCUCCUUGGUGGUAUAAAGUGUCUAAUACCUCUUGGUACCAUCCAUUUGGUCCAGAUUCUAAUAAUUCAGAAAUAAUGGAUCAUCCAGUUAUUCACGUCUCCUGGAAUGAUGCUAAAGCAUAUUGUAUAUGGAAAGGGUUGAGACUACCAACUGAAGAAGAAUGGGAAGCUGCCUGUCGUGGAGGUCACAAGGAUACUAAAUAUCCUUGGGGAGAUAAACUAUUCCCUAAUAAAAAACACAUGGCAAACAUAUGGCAGGGCACGUUUCCUCACCACAAUUCAGCUAAAGAUGGUUAUAUUGGUACAAACCCAGUGCAUUUAUUUCCACAAAAUGAUUUUGGACUACACAACAUGGCCGGAAAUGUUUGGGAGUGGACCGACAGUGUUUGGUCAAAAGAUACUCCCCUAGAAAAGGUUAAAAGAGGUGGAUCAUACUUAUGCCAUCUAUCCUACUGCUACAGAUAUAGAUGUUCAGCACGUUCACACAACACCGACGACAGUUCCGCUGGAAACUUAGGUUUUAGGUGUGCAAAAUCUGCAUAA